UGCUCACAAGUAUGUUUGGUCGAAACUGGGAAAGUCGCCCAGUCCUCUCCUGUAGGUUGGACUACACCUGGGACACGGGGCUGCCGGGAUAACUCACCGACAGCAGCACUGCGGUAAAACACACCAGAAAGCCUCGGCGGUGUGUCUGCUGUCCCGUGUGUCUGUAGGGAGCUGCUUUUAUAUAAAUCCAUAAUUCAGUGAGUUCACAGCCAUCUCUUUGUCUUAGCUAGCGACACGUUAGCUGCUUCCGGAAAACAACCUUCACACAGAAAAUCACAAUGAAGACAUGGAGAUAACAUUUUUGGCUCUGGAUCGUCAAUUCACUUUCACAGUUUGAAUGGAUUUUAACUUUGGACGCGCAGACAUAGACUUGUGUACCACCCACAGUUCUUGAGGAGAUAAGAGGACGCUUAUCAUUUCCAGAGAAUUUUGGACUGAUCGUCUUCAGCCAAUGGCUACAACAGAAACCAAAGCUGCCAGCAGCAGUAGCACUCCGGGUCUGUCGUGGGCCCGGGUGUGUAAGGAGUGUGGCCAGGUGCACGAUGGCCCGGACAGCCACCUGUACGAGUACCAGGAUGAUGUGGACGAUGAACUGGUUUGUCACAUCUGCCUGCAGCCCCUCCUCAGACCUAUGGACACCCCUUGUGGCCACACAUAUUGCUUUCAUUGUCUGAGCAACUUCUUGAAAGAGCAGGACUUCUGCCCCGUAGACCGCCUGAGGCUGCAGUUGCAGCAAUGCCGUCCCUCCAGUUUGCUGGUCAGGAACCUGCUGGACAAGCUGAUUGUGAUGUGCCCCCACUCCUCAGAGUGUCAGCACCAGAUGCAGCGCUGUGAGCUGCAGCCUCACCUGCACAACAGAUGUCCCGUUUUUAGAAGACUGAGGGAGGAAGCAGAGAAGAGGAAGAGGCCCUCGUGGAAUGAGCUAAAGGGGCGUAAGAGUGACGGGGAGUCGUCUGGUGAUGCUAAACAUUCAGCAACGCUGCCCCGAAAUCCCACCAGAGAUCAGCCUGAACCUGGGCUCAUUAAUCCUGCCUAUGAAGAAAGUGAGGAAGACAACACCCCCCUGCGGUCCAGUCUGGUGGCUGAGGCCAACAUGGUGGAGCUGUUCAGAGAGGAGCCAGAGGAGGAGCUGGGCCUUCGCAUCGUGGGGGGGAAAGACACACCACUGGGGAACAUAGUCAUCCAGGAGAUUGUCCGGGACUCGCUAGCAGCUCGUGAUGGCAGACUGGCCCCGGGGGACCACAUCUUAGAGGUGAAUGACAUCAGUCUGGCUUCAGUCCCCCACUCUCGGGCCAUCGCAGUGCUGCGGCAGCCUUCUCUCCUCCGGCUCACUGUCAUGCAGGAGAAAGGCUUCAAAACAAGGGAUCCACGUUCUGAUCAUCACCCUUCCUCCAGCACCACAUCCACUGCCUCCCAGUCCUCUCACAGUCCCCAUGGCAACGCUACCAAUCACAACCCGGGCACAGUACUGCAGGUGACGCUCAUGAAGAGUCAGCGCAGCGAACCGCUCGGCAUCAAACUCAUCCGCAAAUCAGACGAGAGCGGAGUUUUCAUCCUGGACCUGCUGUCUGGUGGUUUGGCAGCCAAAGAUGGAAAACUGAGGAACAAUGACAAAGUACUGGCCAUCAAUGGACACGAUCUGAGGCACGGUACACCUGAGAGUGCUGCCCAGAUCAUACAGGCGAGUGAGGUGCGUGUGAAUUUUGUGGUGAUGAGACCUGCAGAGACUCAGGAGGAAGGAGGAAGCAGCAGAGAGGGACAACACAGCAGAGCAGCCAGGAGGGCGCCUGAGCCGCAGUACUUCAGGCGCCGGUCCACCUACAUGAAGGAUCCUCCAGGUGGGUUUUCCAGCCAGGAGAAGACUGUGAGCCUGAAGAAGGAGCCUCGUCUUUCCCUGGGCAUCACCAUCGCUGGGGGGAGGGACUGUCGCAGUCGUCUGCCCGUUUAUAUCACGAGUGUGCAGCCUGUUGGCUGUCUCCACCGAGAUGGCACCAUCAAAAGAGGUGACGUUUUGCUCAGCAUCAACGGUGUCGACCUGACCCAGCUGACCUACAGCGAGGCAGUCUCUGUGCUGAAGGUUCAGACAGCUCAGUCCCAGGUGUCGCUCCGUGUCAUCCAGACCCUCUCCGAGGAGUCAGAGGACGACGCAGAGGCUGGCAGCAAGGACGAACUGGACACUCUGGAUGACCCACGAGACGACACCCUCAACUGGACGCCGCUGUGGACUCGCUGGCUGGGAUUACCAAGCCCCAUGCACUGGUGUCGGGACAUUGUCCUGCAGAAGACCAACAACGAGAGCUGGGGCUUCAGUAUCGUCGGCGGCUACGAGGAGAGCCAUGGCCAGCAGCCUUUCUUCAUCAAAACCAUUGUGCCUGGUACCCCUGCUCACUUUGACGGACGCCUCAAGUGCGGCGAUGAGAUCGUCGCGGUGAAUGGAGCCACAACAGUGGGAAUGAACAACUCCUCUCUCAUCCCCAUGCUGAAGCUGCAGAAGAAUAAAGUCACGUUGACUGUGGUGUCCUGGCCUGGGAGUCUAGUGUAGCAAAAACACACCUGCACAUUCACCCUCCUCUCUUUUAAUUAGCCUCUUUAAUCAUAGCACACACACAGAUCCUCGCCCUGCUCAGCUGCAUUCCUGACUGGGCCACUCACUGUCCCUUCCAUAUGUAACUCACUGCUCGGUUACAUUGUUCAGACUGUUGAUCAGUAGUGUAACAUAGAACACAUGUGCUCAAGAACCAUUUGGUGUACAGUGGGAAAGACUCCCCUGAGCGUGGACUCAGCAGUGACCUCCUUGUUUCAGUGUCCUCUCACACUCUCACACAGAUGAUUGAACAAAAUGGGUGUAAUCAGGGUGCAAAGAUGAUGACAAUCAGUGGAUUAUAUCCUUAAGGACAAACUGAAAGGAUAGUUUGUUUUUGGAACAUCUUUUUGAUCCUUUUCUGAAUACUUUAUAUUUUACUUUCCUGUUAUCAUUUGUUAGUCAUGUCUUCACCCAAAGAUGAAAUGUAGUGCUUACCAUAUAUGUAGACAGUUGUGAUGAAGAAUUAUAGAUGACUAUAUAUAACACGAUGGCUGCUGACCGUACAGACUCAUGCCAAAGACAGAUAAAUCCUCCUGUCCUUUAGCUAGUCCUUUAGUGUAGUUUUAUUAACUCUAUUUUGUUUCACUUUUUUUGUUCAACAUUGACUCUAUUUUCCCAUGAUUUUAUGUCUAAGUGAGUAAUGACGACAACAACAAUUUUUUUUAACUGGUCCCGUAUUGAGCAAGAGCGCUGCAGGCAAGGAAACAGGCUGCAGCGUAACUAAUGGGCACAUCACUGUCAAUGUACAUCCAUUAAAUGUGCUUGUUUUUACCUUUGACAGGCUCAGAUUAAUAAGUCCCAUUUCCACCAAACACUUUCAGUAUGGUACCUUUGGAACCACCAGUAACCCUUCAGACAUGGUACCUAGACCCCAGCAUCUUAAAUGUGGGUGGGGUUGUUGUCACUCACUGCUCCGUCCAACACUCUGUAUUACCUCAUUACCGGUGACACAGAUGGAAGUCUGCACCUCGUUGAUCGGCCACAGAACGAGGCUGCAAGCUGACAUUUUCAAAACAAAAUAAAACAGGCUGCAGUGAGAGUCUCUCUCCAUGGGAUAUUUAAAAAUAGCAGGUUUGUGCAUUUAGUCCUUCUCAGGCAAGCUCAGGGGUUUACUGUUGGUGGAGCCCUCACGGAGCGGGGAUUAGAAUUUAUGCUGGUUACGUAAUCCAGUCGAAAUUAAUAUAUAUAAACACUUGAAGAUCCACUCAUUACUAAAAGUGUAUGUCAUAAAAAAACUAAAGUAAUGGUCAAAGUUGUCACAGUGAAAUUUAAGUUAUGCAAAACCAGCCACAACUCAGCCCUGAGCAGAGUGACCGUCCUCUAUUGACCAAUCAACGGACUGCAGUGUUCACAGCUCCACCUCUUAGUACCAGAUCUGUGUGCUAGGUACCCCAACAGAGGGGGGACCAAAAUGGGGACGGUCUGGAGCAGUUUCAUUGGUGCCAUCCACAACUUUUCACAGUGGAAACUGAAAAAAUGUGUACCUAACAGAGCGGUACUGUACCAUACCAUACAGCGUUUGACAACAUUAUUGGAAAGGAUCACUACAGAGGAAAACCUUUUUUGUUUAAGAGUAGAUCCUUUUUGUUAAACCAGAAACAGCUCUGAAGUUGCUUUUGCUAAAUCUACCAGACUCCAAUUCAAUAAACUGUAAUUUCAUCAUGGUAAAACACGCUUCAUUCAAAGUCGGCAGAAACAAUAAAAAGCCACAAAAACUGUCUUGGUUAUUUUUCCCACUGUUCCAACUAUUACUGACCAACUGAAUUUGGUUGAAAUAAACCUUUAAUCCACCCACUUAUUUUGAAAAUAUGCUGGCUCUAAACACCCUAAAAUUAGUGUUUAUUUAAAUGGAGUCUGGUGAUUUUGUCCAUGGUGAUUUCGGGGCUGUUUCUGGUUAAAAGAACUGAUCGUACCUGUAGUGUUCCCUUUCCAUAUGGUACACAAAUGCCCCGAGUGUUUACACUGCAGCCUGUUUCACAGCGGUCUUGCUCAAUACUGGACCAGUUUCAAAAAUGGUUGUCUCCCUUAGUCACUUAGAUGCAAAAAAUAUGAGGAUAAAGGGUCCAGGUUGAAAAAUACAAAAAAUUCCUGUAAAGCUGCAAAAAGAAAAUUUGGUUUUAACAGGAAGGUUGUUGUAAAGCCAGAGGAGAGACCUGCUGUCGCUUUUAGUUUGACACUUUAAUACAAACACAGACAGAAAUGACCAGUUUAAAGGGGCCUAAAGAGUCUGAGAUAUCUGAGCCCCAGUCCUAUCUAAGCCAUAAAAGGAAUCAGUAAAAUAUAACACACUCUUAAACUCAACAGGAAACCUGUGCAGAACAUUUAAUCAGGAUUGCUUUGGAAGGAAACAGCUUGGGUCCAAGUCUAUUUCCUGUUCCUGCUCCUGAUUUAAAUUCUGCAACAGGACAUAAACUUUUAAAAUGUUUAAAACACUGAGCUGGUCAAUAGAAGCAAAUAAUUCUCUUAAUCAAAAGUUUUGUUAGUCUAUAAAUAAGAAAUUCAGCCGACGUGUCCAUUGACCAGUGCUCUGUAUUUAUUUUGACAUGACAUCACACUGAACGACUCUGAUAAAUGGGUGCCUUGUCGACAUUUGAAGGACAAACCAGAAUGUACUUGCCUUAAACUUCACUCUACCAUAAUAUGUUCCCCCCUCCCCUCAUUAAGAACUGUUUAUAGCGGCCGUGUUCAGAUAAAUUUGUGUUACCUCGUUCUUUUCGUGUCAACACAUUCCCAGUGGCCUUUCUCGUGUCUUGAUUGAGACAAAACUUAUUGAAUAAUACAUGUAAGAUUUUGUUUUGGAGUCAGAGUGGUUGUGAUAUAUACAGUAUAUAUACAGUAGGUAAUGAGUGUAUCAGCCCAUCCACUGUUUCAUUAUGUUCAAUAAAAUUAUACCAAAUCAA